AUGGAGCUACGAGCAAAAGAUGUGACUUUGCCAAUUGAAGUGCCACAUUGCGGAGACCUGAACGAAUCGAUACAACGCACGCUAUUGGAAAAGAACAACAUGGGGAUCAUCCGCUUUUACGAUGUAUGUGAAUUAGCCUCGCAAACCACGAGUUUGCUGAAUCCAUCGCGUAAAGUAUUUUGUGAUAGCUUGAGCACGUGUUAUAAGGCGUAUCGGUCCUUUUACAUUAAACUGCUGGCCGUGGUCUUCUCGCAGUUUGAAGAGAUUAUGUUGCUUGAUGCUGACACGUUGUUUUUUGAGAGCCCUAUGACGCUUUGGGAUACGGACAAGUACCGCACGACUGGCACGUUAUUUUUUCACGACCGUAUAAGUCAGCCAGAUAUGUAUAUGGGUGCGCCGUUUCGUGGCAACGCACAUGUGAGCGUUUUAAACCAUUACAUUUCGCACUUUGAUGUGACGCCUUUUGCACCGUUGGGGAACAUUCAGCGGCCAAAGGCAACGAGCGAGAACAAGGUCCCAGUGGACUUGAAAAACUACUCGCCCAGUGAGCACCUACUGAAGAGCCACUCAUGGAAUCACCGCGCUGGGCACGAGAUGGACUCGUCGUUGGUGCUGUGGAACAAGAAAAUGCAGCCACGAGCAACUGCGAUACUGGCAGCUUUUGUCGCGAUCAAUGGCAUCAACCGUCCCCCGUCGUAUGGUGACAAAGAACUGUAUUUCUUAGCCGUUGAGCUUGCUGAAACUCAGUACGCUUUCUCUGAUUUUGGAGUGGGCGGUGUGGGCUGGGACUUUCGCGACAACGGCCCGGGCAAAUCGGUUGUUUGCGGCCAUGCCUCGCAUUACUACCCGAUAAAACCUGCGAACGCUAGCACCGUUGCGAGCACGAGAGUGCUGUACCUCAACAGCGAUGCGAUUCUGGAGUAUGAACACGCGAAGAAGCCCGUCUACUAUAGUCAAGCGCGAUUAUACGAGGUGUAUGUCGGUUCUUUCGCAGACCGCGGCCUACAGCAGGAGUGUCCAUUCGACGUGACGGGCGUGCGCUUUUCUUCCGCGCAAGCUGAUUGCAUUCUAUCGCGUCAGCGCUAUUACGAAAUUGCCAAGUUCUGGAUACAGUAG